GACAUACGGACUAAUGACUAUUGUCGAAUGUCGAGUGCCGAGUUCUAUGUAUACACUAUACAACAGUGUAUAGACUAUAGAUUGUACUACAGUCUACAGUAGCUGUAAUAUGAUAAUAUAAUAGUGUAGCGUUAGGCGAGUGUAAAAAUUUCUAACUUACCGGCAGUGGUUUUGGGCGUGUGAUUCUAGCGAAUAUAAAUAGACAAAUCGAAUAGUAAUAAAUUUAAAUAAUUUUGAUUACCAAUACGUACCAAUUAAUACGUCUUCGAGGAGUUCGUAAUUUUCUUCUUAAAGUACUUUAAUAUAUUAUAUAUUUAUUUAUUUAUUUCGUUGUCCGAGUGGGUCGAAAGUGCAACGCCGAAAAUCGAAAUAAUAACAUGUCCAAGUAUACGCCUGUGACUCAUGUCAUAUUCGACAUGGACGGUUUGCUUUUAGACACGGAGAAAGUAUACUUGUCCAGCAUUACUGAAGUACUGAAAAAUCAUGGCAAGGACUACCCUAAUGAUUUACGAGUCAAAGUUAUGGGCACGAUACCAAUUAAUACGGCUACGAUCAUAAUAAAAGAAUUGGAAAUGGACAUAAGUCCUGUUGAUCUUCUUGCUGAAUUCUAUGAAAAUCAGAUAAAAAAAAUGGAAAAUGUUCCAUUUUUACCAGGAGCUGAAAGGUUAAUUGAUCAUUUAUACACCAACAAUGUGCCAAUAGCUGUGGCCACAAGUAGUGGUAAAGAUACUUUCAAAAUAAAAACAGCAAACUAUCAACACAUUUUUUCAAAAUUCCAUCACAUUGUACUUGGUAGUGCAGAUUCAGAAGUCAAACAGGGAAAACCAGCUCCAGACAUAUUCCUAGUGUGUGCUUCACGAUUUGAUGAUAAACCUCUACCACAAAAAUGUUUAGUAUUUGAAGAUGCUCCAAAUGGGGUGACGGGUGCAAGGUCUGCUGGUAUGCAAACUGUUAUGGUUCCAGAUAAAAUAAUUCCUAUAGAAAUGACUUCUCAUGCUACUCAAGUGAUAUCUUCAUUGUUGGACUUUAAGCCUGAAGAUUUUGGACUACCUCCAUUUCCAUGAUAGUCCAAAUUGAAAAAUUCAUAAAACAAACUGUGUUUAAUAAUAUUAUUAUUUUUAGUAAACAAAAUAGAAUUUUUAAUAUUUAUUAUUUAAAAUUAUUUAAAUUAUAACUUAUGUUUUUAGUGACUUAUAUUAAACAGCUGUUUGUUAACAAUCUAGUCUUAUCACUGUAACUGAUAAAUAAAUAAUUUGAUUAUAUAA